AGUGUAUAUAUAUAUAAAUAUCUUCAGAAAGUGGUGAUCAUACCUUGCGUUUGGGAAUAAGAGGAGGUGAUUGCAGUGGUGAUUGAUUGCUUAAUUUGCGGCUUUAAAGAUUGGAGACGGUGGAGAAGAAGAAGAAGAAGAAGAAGAAGGAUGGCGCAGCAGCUGGUGGCAACAAUGAACAGAAGUGCAGAGGGGACAAUUGUCUGUUAUGCACCAACCAUGAUAACAACGAAUGGUGUAUGGCAGGGCGAUAACCCUUUAGAUUUCUCUCUCCCUCUUUUCAUCUUACAAUUAACUCUGGUUGUUGUCACCACUCGUAUUCUUGUUUUUCUCCUCAAACCCCUUCGCCAACCUCGUGUUGUCUCUGAAAUUCUGGGUGGAGUAAUAUUAGGUCCUUCAGUGCUUGGGAGGAACACUAAAUUUGCAAAUGCAAUAUUUCCUCUAAGAAGUGUGAUGGUGCUUGAGACAAUGGCGAAUGUGGGUCUGCUUUAUUUUCUGUUUCUGGUGGGAGUAGAGAUGGACAUAACAGUAGUCCGGCGCACAGGGAGAAGGGCCAUGCUUGUUGCUGUUGCUGGUAUGGUUUUGCCAUUCUUAAUUGGUGCUGCCUUCUCCUUCGUUCUUGACCAAAAAGGUCAAAGUAUGACACAGGGAACUUUUAUCCUCUUCCUUGGGGUUGCCCUCUCUGUCACCGCAUUCCCGGUACUGGCUCGAAUCCUUGCCGAGCUCAAGCUCAUCAACACGGAGCUUGGCCGUAUUGCCUUGUCAUCUGCUCUUAUCAAUGACAUGUGUGCUUGGGUGCUCUUAGCUUUAGCAAUUGCCUUGUCUGAGAACCAAUCUACUUCUUUGGCUUCCCUCUGGGUGAUACUGUCGAGCGUGGCCUUUGUUGCCUUUUGCAUUUUUGUUGUCCGUCCGGCAAUUGAAUGGAUAAUUCGGAGAACCCCAGAGGGAGAAAAUUUCAGUGACUUCUAUAUAUGUCUCAUUCUAACUGGGGUUAUGAUCUCAGGCUUCAUUACAGAUGCCAUUGGUACACAUUCUGUUUUUGGAGCUUUCGUGUUUGGCCUUGUAAUUCCAAACGGACCGCUUGGCAUUACUCUCAUAGAAAAGCUUGAGGAUUUUGUUUCAGGACUUCUGCUCCCUCUCUUCUUUGCCAUUAGCGGACUGAAGACUAAUAUAUCAGCAAUAAAGGAAGCAUCCACGUGGGGGAUUUUAAUGCUCGUCAUUGCUCUUGCCUGUGUCGGAAAAAUUGCUGGAACUGUCCUCGUUUCAAUGUUCUACCAGAUGCCAAUACGCGAAGGCAUCACUCUCGGUUUGCUCAUGAAUGCAAAGGGUCUUGUUGAAAUGAUUGUCCUCAAUGUUGGCAAGGAUCAGGAGGUGUUAGAUGAUGAGUCGUUUGCAAUCAUGGUGACCGUAGCUGUGGUUAUGACAGCAGUCAUCACACCUAUUGUAACUACAAUUUACAGGCCGGCAAGGAAGUUGCUGCCAUACAAACGACGUACAAUCCAGAGUUCGAAACCAGAUGGAGAACUACGAGUGCUAGUCUGCAUUCACACACCCAGAAAUGUGCCAACAAUCAUCAACCUCCUCGAAGCCUCUUACCCCUCCAAAAAGUCCCCAAUAUGCGUCUACGUGGUCCACUUAGUAGAACUCACUGGCCGUGCAUCUGCCAUGCUCAUUGUCCAUAACACCAGGAAAUUUGGCCGACCGGCUCUCAAUCGAACCCAAGCUCAGUCCGAACACAUCAUCAAUGCAUUUGAGAACUACGAGCAGCAUGCUGGGUGCGUCUCUGUUCAACCCCUUACAGCCAUUUCCCCUUACUCUACCAUGCACGAAGACAUUUGCAAUUUAGCAGAAGAUAAACGAGUCGCCUUCAUAAUCAUCCCUUUCCACAAACAACAGACCGUUGAUGGGGGAAUGGAAGCUACAAACCCGGCCUUUCGAACGGUGAAUCAGAAUGUGCUAGCAAAUGCACCUUGCUCAGUUGGUGUUCUCGUUGACAGAGGCCUGAACGGCUCCACACGCUUGACUGCAAACCAGGUCUCUCACAACGUAGCUGUGCUGUUCUUUGGAGGACCAGACGACAGAGAAGCAUUGUCCUAUGCAUGGAGGAUGUCCGAGCAUCAGGGAAUAACCCUUACAGUAGUGCGGUUCAUUCAUGGUGAGGAUGUAGAUGGGCAUGCAGCAUCUCAGCUAGAGGGUGGCGGCUCCGGAAUGUUAACAGUGGAAACAGAGGAUGAAAGAGAGAAGCAACUAGAUGAAGCGCUUGUAAACGAUUUCGGAUUGAAAAACAUGAAUGAUGAAACCAUUGUCUAUACCGAGAAGGUGGUGAGCAAUGGGGAGGAGACAGUGGCUGUGAUAAGGUCAAUGGACAACGCUCAUGACCUGUUCAUUGUUGGGAGAGGACAAGGAAUUAUAUCACCCCUCACGGCAGGAUUAACCGACUGGAGUGAGUGUCCGGAGCUCGGUGCAAUAGGGGAUUUGCUAGCUUCGGCAGACUUUGCAUCCACUGUUUCAGUUUUAGUAGUUCAACAGUACGUUGGGAUGGGGCCGCAAGGGGAGGGGCUUGGUACGCCGGAUAGCACAGGACAUGUAAUUCGGCAGUAACGAGUAGGUAAGCCCAUGAUACUAGUUGGUCAGAAGCUGUGGUGCCUCAAUGACUCCCAAGAAACCAUUCCAGGGGAAAAGAGAAGAUUAAAAAAGAUAAAAGAGAGAGAAUCACAACUUGGAAAACCAUUUUUGUUUCCUUGUUUGCAAUUCAAGGGCAUUCUUGAUUACAGAAGCAUGUAUAAUUAAUGUUCUGUCUUUCUGCAACUAAUUAGAUUUGUGGUUUUUAGGUUUUCUUU